AUGGCGGCCUUAUACCACGACCUCCUCGCCGCCCUCCGCUCGCGCGAGGAGCGUCUGAUCCGUCGACGGCUGCCGGACCCAGCCGCCGACGAAGGCCUCGCAGACUUCUCCACAAACGAUUACCUCUCUCUCGCCUCCUCGCCUGUCCUACGCUCACGCUUCCUAUCCAAGCUCGCCAACGCACCUGCCAUCCUGGGCUCCGGGGGCUCCCGCCUGCUCGUGAACGGCCCAGCGCACGCCGCACUCGAAGCGCGCCUGGCGACGUUCUUCGACGCCCCCGCUGCGCUGCUCUUCAACUCCGGGUUCGACGCGAACGUCGGAUUCUUUUCCUGUGUGCCCCAGCCGGGGGAUGCGCUCGUCUUUGACGAGCACAUCCACGCCUCCGUACACGAUGGUGUGCGCGCAUCCCGCAUCGCGCCCGCGCUCCGGCGACCAUUCUCGCACAACUCGGUGCAGGCACUGCGAGAGGAGCUCGUGAGGCUCCUGCGGGAGCAGCCUGCUCUGCGCACGGGUGCGAGCAGCGUGUUUGUCGCAGUGGAGAGUUUGUAUAGCAUGGACGGGACCAUCGCGCCGCUCACGGAGAUGGUGGAGGCGGUCGAAGGACUCCUUCCUGCGGGCAACGGAUAUGUGGUGGUGGACGAGGCACACACGACUGGGGUGUAUGGUCCGCAGGGACGCGGGCUGGUGGCGUUGCUGGGGUUAGAGCGGAGGGUGCUCGCGCGGCUGCACACGUUCGGGAAGGCGCUCGCUGGGACAGGUGCGAUCCUGCUCACGACCCCGCUCGUCCGCGACUACCUGCUCAAUUAUGCACGCUCGCUGAUCUACACGACUUCUCUGGGCUAUGCGAACAUCAUAUCUGUGGAUUGUUCGUUUGACCUGCUCGAGGAUGGGACCGGGGCGAAGGUAUGCCGCGCACGAACUGACCUGAGCACAUACUGUGUUGCCCAACUACGCCUGCAUCUCCGCACCAUUCCCCUCUCAAUACUUGCUCUACCUCCACACCUCGCCUCGCCGCCGCCGUCCUCUUCCCAAUCACCAUACCGAACGUUCCCUACGCCUGUCGUUCCCCUACUAACACCCUACCCGCGGCCGCUGUCCGCGCAUCUCCGCUCGCGUGGGCUCAACGCACGCCCGAUCGUCUGGCCGACUGUGCCGAAGGGCCGUGAACGCGUCCGAGUAUGCUUGCACGCUGGGAACACAAGAGAGGAGGUGGAUAGGCUUGUCGGAGCAACGGUGAAAUGGGCGGAAGCGUGGAUGAGGGAGAAUGGGACGGCGGAGAUGAAGCACGUACCGGGAGUCUUUGCCAAGGCACGAUAUCGUGCGAUCACUUCUCUGUUAUGCCGGAUCGCAGCGAGCUGA